AGUACAUGUUUUGUUGGUAGCAUUGCGCUUUCCGAGGCCCCGCCUCCAAGCUAGGCGACAAAAAACAACCUCAACAGGAACAGGGAUACAUGGCGCGGAUGGUCAUUAUUUUCAAUUUUCCAACAAAAGGUAAAAAUCAGUAAAAAUGGCUGACAUAAGAGAUAUUCUGGACAUAAAUGAGGCUCCUGGGCCCCAAGAAGGUGUUACUAAAGAGUCCAUACUCGGCCACAAUGAGAAAUCCAAGAAGAAGCAAAAACCCUUGCGAGAAGUCGUCAAAAGACCUGAGGGAAUGCACAGAGAGCUGUAUGCACUUCUAUACACCGACAACAAAGAUGCGCCUCCUCUCAUACCCUCAGACACAGUUGGAACAGGGUAUAAGCAGCUGAAGGCUAAGCUUGGCAUGCGAAGGGUGAGACCUUGGAAGUGGAUGCCAUUCACCAACCCUGCUAGGACUGAUGGUGCAGUUUUCCACCAUUGGCGACGCGCAGCAGAUGAAGGCAAAGAGUAUCCCUUUGCUCAAUUCAAUAAGAAAGUUCCCAUUCCAACAUACACAGACGCUGAGUAUCAACAGCACUUGACAUCUGAUGGGUGGACUAAAGAGGAAACCGACCUUCUUUUUGACCUCGGUCAGCGGUUCGACCUGCGAUUUGUAGUCAUUCAUGAUCGAUGGGACAAAGAAAAGUUUCCCAAUCGGACUAUAGAGGAUAUGAAGUCUCGAUAUUACGAAGUUUGUGGAACUCUGACAAAAGCCAAAUCAACAGCAACACAUGAGCCUAAAGUGUUUUCAUUUGAUGCUGAACAUGAAAAGCGUAGAAAGGAGCAGUUGAAGAGGCUUUUUGAGAGGAAGCCUGAGGAGAUUGAAGAAGAGCAGAUGCUUUUAGCAGAGUUGAAAAAGAUAGAGGUCCGUAAGAAGGAACGAGAAAAGAAGACGCAGGACUUGCAGAAGCUUAUAACAGCAGCCGACAACCAAGCGGAAGCUCGAAAACUUGAUAAAAAGGCUCAAAAGAAGAAAGUGCCACAGCAACAAGCUCGUCCAAAACCAGAGGCAGUGCCUACUUUGGAGUUCACUGGCAUAAAAUUCCCAGAUUUUAAGAAUAGUGGAGUGACUUUAAGAUCGCAUAGGAUGAAACUGCCGUCCAAUGUCGGACAGAAAAAGAGCAAAGCUAUCGAGCAGAUGUUGCAGGAACUCGGUAUUGAAAUGAACCCGAUGCCCACACUUGAAAUCUGCACGCACUUCAAUGAAUUGCGCAGUGACAUGGUUCUCCUUCAUGAACUGAGGACGGCUUUAUCCAGUUGCGUGUACGAACUGCAAACUUUACGUCAUCAAUACGAGGCCCUUUGUCCUGGCAAAACCCUUCAACAUCCUCCACUUCCUUCACAUGCAACUUCUAUUUUGACAUCUCUGACACCACAAGCUAUGCAGAGCCCAACCAAGACGGAGAAGGGCGAAAUAAUAGAUGUUGUUGGUUCACCAGGCACUCCUAUGGUCACUACACCAGCCACAUAAUUUUUAAUUGGCAUUUGUUGGUAAAAAUUAAAGACUUGUUUUAAGGACUUGCA